CCUAGCGCGACUGACAUGGCGGCUCCCAGGGGCUGCUGAUUGCACAUGGGUUGGGGCUGGUAGUGAGCUUGACACGCGUCAGGGAAACCUUUCCCUUCUCCGUUCCGUUUCAGCCGGCUGAGACUGAGCGAGCUGCGCCCGCCCCGGGAAGAUGCGAGCCCUGGAGCGGGUGUUGCUGCGGGGCUUCCCCAGCGCUGCGGAAUCGCCGCGGUGGAAACAGAACGAGGCGGCUUCGGCUGCGGAAAGUGGGUCCUUGUUGCAGUUACUGCUGGAAGGAAAUUAUAAGGCCAUCUUACUGAGCAAAGCAGUCCAGAAUGUCUUCACAACACCUGCAGGAACAGAAGAGGGAACCAUUGACAGCUACUUACAAAACCAGAUUCAAGUUUAUUUAGACUGUACUUCUGCAGAUAUUGAUUCUAUGGAGAGACAGAGUGUGGUGUUUCUACUUGGUGUGGGGAGCUUGCAGUUGUUUGUUCAAAGCAAUUGGACUGGGCCUCCUGUUGACUUACAACCUGAAGACUUCCUGCCUUCUGAAUUGGUUAAAAAAUGCAAUAAGCCCUAUCCCUUGUCGUCUACAGCUGUCCUGAACAUGUUGGUUCUAGAUGGUGAAUCAAUCUACAGUCUGACUUCUCAUUCGUUCUUGCUGUUGCUGGCCAGAGCAGUGCUUGUAAACCUGAGACAUAAGCUAGAAGCUAUUCAGACAUUGCCCUGGUGGACUUUGCGUUGUGUGAACAUCCACCAACAAUUGUUAGAAGAAAAAUCUCCUGAACUUUUUGCUCUAGCCCAGAUGUGUAUACAACAAGUACUUGAAAUUGAGCCUUUGUUCACUGAUGAUGAAUGUUGGCAUCUUGCUGUUCAAUUCCAUCUAGAAUGUGCAUACACAUUUUUGAAUUAUUAUGAGUAUAAAAAAGCCAAAGAACACUUCCUCACAGCUAAAGACACAACUAAGUUACAAAUUGAAUUGACAGGUGCUCUGGGAAAAAGGACAAGAUUUCAGGAAAAAUAUGUAGCCCAACUCAUUCUGGAUGUUCAAAGGAAAGAUAAUAUACUCCUUCCACACCGUGAGCUUAGUCCAGCACCUACCCCGCUCGAAGAUUUAACUAAGAACUAUGCGUUAAAUGAUGACACUCUGUUAAAUGAAAUAAAGUUUGAGGAAUCUCAUCAGAACCAGAUGCCUGACUUGUGUGCAGAAGAGCUUGCUGUUAUCCUUGGAGUUUGCAUAGACUUUCAAAAGAACAACCCAGUCCAUAAGCUUACAGAAGAGGAACUGCUUGCUUUUACAUCAUAUCUGCUCUCACAACCAAAGUUCUGGGCAAUUCAAACUUCUGCUUUGCUUCUUCGGACAAAACUUGAAAGAGGAAGUAUCCGUCGAAUUGAACGGGCAAUGAAACAAACUCAGGCUCUUGUAGAUCAGUUUGAAGAUAAGAAGACAUCAAUUUGUGAACGUAUGAAACUUUUUUAUAGUUGUCACAUUCCUCCACACUGGGCUGUACAGCGCCAGCUCGCAAGCUUACUGUUUGACCUUGGAUGUACCAAUUCAGCCCUGCAGAUUUUUGAGAAACUGGAAAUGUGGGAGGAUGUAGUUAUCUGUUAUGAAAGAGCAGGGCAACAUGGGAAGGCAGAAGAAAUUUUGAGGCGGGAGAUAGAGAAGAAAGAAACACCAGGACUAUAUUGCUUACUUGGAGAUGUUCUUAAAGAUCAUUUUUACUAUGACAAAGCUUGGGAACUCUCAAACCACCGCAGUGCCAGGGCUCAGCGUUCCAAGGGUCUUCUCCAUCUUCGCAACAGGAACUUUAAGGAAUGUGUAGAGUGCUUUGAGCGCUCAGUGCAGAUUAAUCCUAUGCAAUUGGGCGUGUGGUUUUCCUUGGGUUGCGCCUACUUAGCUCUGGAAGAUUAUGAAGGCGCUGCUAGAGCCUUCCAGCGCUGUGUGAUCUUGGAGCCUGAUAAUGCUGAGGCUUGGAACAAUCUCUCCACGGCAUAUAUCAGAUUAAAACAGAAAAUCAAAGCAUUCCGGACUCUUCAGGAAGCUCUCAAGUGUAAUUAUGAGCACUGGCAGAUUUGGGAAAACUAUAUUCUCACCAGUACAGACAUUGGAGAAUUUUCAGAAGCUAUUAAAGCUUAUCACAGGCUUAUGGAUUUGCAAGAGAAGUAUAAAGAUGUUCAGGUGCUCAAGAUACUAGUAAAAGCAGUGGUGGAUGGAGUGGCUGCUCGUAAUGGAGAAUCGGCAGUUGGGUUAAAGGGAAAACUGCAGACACUCUUUGGCAGAGUGACAUCUAGAGUGACAAGUGAUGGGGAAAUCUGGAGACUGUAUGCAAGACUGUAUGACAAUGGGCAGAAUGAUAACCCUGAAGAGAUAGACAAGGUAUUACAGUAUCUCACCAAAGCACAUAAAUGUGAGGUCCAGUCAAGGGACUGGGACAGAGAUAUUUCCUCAUUUAAGGAAGUAGCAAAAGGUGCUCGAGAACUUGCUCAUGUGGCAAUGAAGUGCAGCAAAACCAAGUCUAGUAGCCAAGAAGCCUUCCAAAUACUCUCAACGGCUCGACUCAACUUACGUGGUUUAGUAGCCAAAACAAAGACUUUUGCAGAUGCAGCGACUGGUGAACUUCCCACUGACCUAGCUGAAGAAGUGGCAGCUUUGGACAACAUGAUAAUGGAACUGCAAGAACUUAGCAAUCAGCUAAAGAAUCAGCUCUGAGAAAAAGAAGAUACCGUUUCCUGAAAGGAAGGGCAGAGCAGCCACACUUUGUUGGCUAAUGUCUGUGCUAAUGAGCUUGCAGUAAAUCAAACACCCCAAGGGGAAGUGUUCUUAAAAAAAUAUUUUCCACACAAUACAGGUUUUAAUUGUGACCAGUCAUUGCUGAGAGAGUAAAGUGUGUUUCAGAUUGCAUCUGUUCUUUCUCACUUUGGGUGUUGGGGUAAUUUCUGUUGGUCUGGGUUUUGUAAAAUAAAACGGAUUGGUUUUUAUUUAGGAGGCCUUUUUAUUUAGGAUUAGUUCUGCUCAAGUGCACAGCAUAAUUGGCUCCUAUCCGUAGCUGUGCACUUCACAGAUAGGGGAGAUUAAAGAACCCUGUUGAUUAUUAGAAGGGGAAAAGAAAGGGGACAUGGAGUCUGCUGUUGUUUUAAGUGAGUGGGUGCAGGUCUGGAAAGACAGAAAACCAAACAAAAACUAAAAUGACUUUCUUCAGUGGUGUUUAAAACAAAUGUUAUGUGAUAAUUUCUAGCUGCAUUCUCUUUAACGAUAACUGCUUUCAAAGCUAAGCAUUCACAGAAAAUGGUCUGCAUCUUUCCCUAACAUGUAGCAGCAAUGGCACCCUAAACAUAACUUUGUCCUGCUGCAGCACCCUGGAAAACAUCUUUUGGUCUACAAAGCCAUUGGCUGAGCUGCAGUAGCGUUCCUGAGUUUUCAAUAACUUUCGAAGUUUAAAUAUAAGAGGGCCAUAUGAAAUUCAGCUCCUGUAAGUUUUUCGAUGAGUGGCAGCUUACCAAUACCAGUUGCUUCUUCUGCACUUGAACUGAAGAUGGCUGUUGCCUUUGUAUCCCUCAUAGCCUAAAAUCAGCAUUUAUAGGGACUUCCUAGAGCACAGCAAAGCUAUUUAGUCCUGCUGUCAGUUUCUCUAGACAUUAGUAUCCCUCUUGUUUUCAUCCAGUUCUUAAUAAUUCAAGAUACAUUGGAUUCACUGAUGGAAUGGUAGAAUUGAUGGAGGCACUGCCCCUUCUUAGUGCAUCUCACAACUAGAUAUGGAUGGCUAACAAACUCCCCCCAAGGCAUUUUUCAGCCAAAGCAGAGAGCUGCAUUGGGGAAGAAAAGAAGACCAAAGGGUUUAAAUCUCUCCGUGUGGAGAUUUCUGCGCCUUUCUCCCAUUAGCCCGUCUUCUCUGAAUUUAUUUAACCGUUCUUGAAAAUUGCUGAACAUACUGUCAUCCUUUCAUGUUUUGUAAAAUUCUGUGAUGUGUUUUUGCCUUAUAUGAAUAAAUAUUUCCUUCUGUUUGUCCUGAAUAUUGGUUGAGGAUCUCAAGUUCCUCAGUCAGUUCACAAUUACAUUUAUCUCUGCUAAUUCAAAUUCUCUUUUUAAAUUUCUUUUGUAAGCCCAAACACCCAACAUGUGAAGAAAGAAAGAUGUAUCACUUACCUGAUCAUUUUGCUUUUCUUCCUGUAUUUUCUCCGGCUUAACUACCCUUUUAGAAACAUGCUGACUAGAAUCACACAGAUUGAAAGAAGGAUCAGCAACAAACAGUCUCCAGAGGACUGGGGACUAUAUACACCCAUCUCUGGACACUGUAUGAUCACUCCCAUCUUAUAAAAAUGGAGAGUGGCUGAAUAAGUCCCCUUUUGCAUCCAGUAGCUAAGAAUAAACUGGGGGCAAGUAAAGCCUUCUGGAAUACCUUGAAACAUGACAAAAAUCACUCCCAUACCACCUAGAAGACUUUCUAAUCCAGUUCUUUCCCCUUCAAAUACAAUUACAUUGGGAGGAAUAUUGAGGACUGCCUUUGGG